AUGUGUGCCGCCGCCGCCACCCACGCCGACGACACGACAGGUGUGAUGGUCCCCAGCCCUUCUGUUUCUAAUCACGCGGAAAACGUCGCCUCCAACCCCUGCCUCGCGAUGGAGGCCGACCAAACUGCUGCCGGCGCUGCGGCAGCGGAGAACUCUGUUCUCUCGGCCAGUGUCGAUCCACCGGCGGCGCCGUCCGCAGCCGAGGAAAUGCAUUGCGCUCCUUCGUUAGUGCCUGGCGAAGCGCCCCAUCUCUUGGCUGCCAUGGCGGAGGCAACGAGUAGCGACAAGGCUUCAAGUGACAUGCCAGGCGUCCACCCUGGUGUCGCGGAAGGAGCGAACCCUUGCGGACCGGCCGGCGCAACUGCCGGGACCUCCGCGGCGGCGACUCACGAUGGAGCUCUGAACCCGACUUCCGCUCUCCUGUCCAUUUCCUCGGCAUUUCUCGGUGGGACCAGCGCUGCCGGCGCGAGUGUGAAGGAAGUAGCCGAUCUGGGCGAACUGUCCGGCGGGCUAACCAAGCAGGAAGCGGCAGCGGCGGUUGCCGCGAUGGCGACCGCCGCCGGCGAUUGCUCCGAGGGCGUCCUGGCCAGGCUCGCGGCAGUCCUCCCUCUCUCGUCUGGCGCCUGCCGUGCUCCACCUGCGAAAGGCGCUGCACAGGGCGGCGAACCUGCGACCGCGGACGGGAACAACGCACCUCUCUCUGACCUCCUCGGAAUCUGUGGGGGGGAAGCAGCCUCGCAGGGUGGUGCGGCGCUCCAGGAAACGGCGAGCGGCGUCGACGCUGGACAGCCGACGGUCCCGGCCGAACCCGCGACUUCGGGCGGAACGGAACAAGCAACAGGGGCGGUCCCAUCCGUUUCCGAGUUGCUGCUGGAAGGCUUGGUGAAGGCGGAGCAGCAAGACGGCGGCGCAGCCGCUGCGGCACUCGGCGCGGCGCUCAAACCAGGCCUGGUGCCUUCGGCCCUCACCUACAGCGCGAAGAAAGUGGCGGAAGUUGCCAAGGGUCGGCUGCUCGCGGGAAGUGCUGGAGCUUUGGAUGGCGCAGGCGCUGGGCCGGGCGCGCUCUCAACGGCGCAAGCUGCCUCCUCUUCUCUCGACGUGUUUCAGCAGUGCGCGCCCGGGUCCGGCGGAAUGAUGGUUCGUCUCGACGGCACGACCACUCCGGCCACAUCGCCUUUCCUUUCCUCUCUUUCUUCGCUCGACUCCUUCAAACGCCUGUGCUAUGGGGCGUCGUCUCCUUCUCUCUUCGAGACCUUGAGCGCAGGGAACAGCAUUGACCAACUCUCUUCCCUCUCGUCUUUCUCUCUCCAGGCGUUGUCAGCCGCCGCCUCUGUUGACGAAGCAGCCGCAGCCCAGGCGGCCGCAGCUUCUCAGAAUCAAACGCCAGAAACGACGGUUGCUGCCUUGGCGGGGACGCAACUCCAGGGCGCGUCGCCGCAGACAGUGGCGGCUCUGUCUUCGACCGCUCUCAAUGCCGCUGCUGCAGGCCUCGCCCCAAACGCGCCCGGCGGCGCUUCGGCGGGCGCCACAGGAAGCGACGCUCGAGGGACGGAAGCGAGUUCGACCUCUGCAGUUUCCAGCGACGCUGUAAAUGCCGAAGCUGCGUCUUCGGGCGACGCAAGUAGUUCGCUCGGACUGGCCAGUCCGUCUGUCUCUUGCCCCCAGGGGCCUUUGAGUGUCUUAAGCGGCCUGAUGGCUGCGCCCGGCGCUGCUGGCGUGCCUCAGGGAGACGGUACAGAGGACACCACCAGUGCGGGCGGCGCGACAUCUUCUGAACCGGCCUCCGGGGCGAACCUGGCGGGCGUGCCUGAGGGCGAGGAAACCGGGGUCAGCGGUGGGGCGGCUGCUGCGUCGCUCUCCGCUGGUGUCCUCGGCGCAGCUGGAGCAGACGGCCUCGUCGCCACAAGUCCAACCUCCGCGGCUGCUGCGGCAGCGACCGCAGCGGGCAUGGGGUUCGCGAUGGACAAUGUGACGGCUGCGCUGCAGGCGGAACAGAUGCAACGUCUCUUGGCAGAAUUCGCCUCGUCGAGCGACCCGUACACCGCAGCCAUGGCCAUGGGCGGGUUGGGCUGCCCCGGCUUGGGCGCCGCCAUGGCGGGCACCGCGGGCGCUGGGAGCAGCGGCGUCGCAGGAGCCGGCGCGGGAGUUGCAGGCGAUGUGGUCUUGGACGAGCGGCAGAGACAACAGCUUCUAAUUCCACACGAACACCAGCUGGCGGCUCUCACCUACCUGCAGAGCAUGGAAGGCAUGACGGAUGCAGUGAACGGUUCGCUGUGGAUGCCGGGGAUUCUGGGGAGCCGGCUAGGCGCGACCGGCUUCUUCCACUCUCUCUACGACUUUGCAAACACCGCGCUCGCAGCAGCUGUGGCGGGUCCAGCAGCCACAACCGCGCGGACUUGUGCCGGGACGCCUCCUGAAGCCAGCGGUGCGGAAGUGCCCGUCGCGGGCACAGACGCCGCGGGGGCUGUCGGAGCGGCGUCGACAGGCCGCUCUCACCGACGGGGGACACAGGGCGCAGGACGCGGGCGCGGGGCUGCAGUGUCUCCUGUCUCUGACGCGUUGUGCGUCCCAGGGGCUGUCCUUGGUGCGACGGAGGCCUUCGCUCAGGGCGCUGCGGAUCCGACGGGGGCGGGCGCCGACGCGGCGGCUGCCGCAGCGGCUGCCGCGGCGGCCUGGGGAGUUUAUGGAGGAAUUCCCACGACAGCGGGAGUGGGCGACGCGACACUUGGAGCGGAAGCAGUUGGGGAUGUGGGCGCUGCGGCGCAGCCAGUGAAGCGAACCAGAGGGCGCCCGCGCAAGCGCCCCGCAGAGAGCCCGGCGGUUUCGGCGACAGGCGCGAUGGCCGUGAAGCAAGAUCCGGGACAAGUUGGAGGGAGCGCGAGUCCUGCCGCGCCGUCGGGCCUCGCCGUUGGAGACGACCAGAAAACCGGCGUCGUUCCAGGGGCCGAGGGGACAGCAGGCGCAGCCGGCGGUCCUGGAGCGGCAGCCGCCUUGCAUCGCCGGCAACCAUUGGCGACUGCGUCCGCACCGAAACGGUACAGACGGGGAACGAACAACCCGGACAGCGGUUUCCCAGGCGUGUCUUGGAACAGCCGCAUGCAGGCGUGGUUGGCGUUCUAUGUGGACAAGGAGGGAACGCGGCGCAGCCACACGUUCAAGUGUAACAAAUUUGGAGGAAUCGAGACUGCACGGGUGGAAGCGAUUGACUGGUUGAUUCGAAAGCGCGGCGAGUUGCAAGCGGAGAGUGAGCAGCAGCGCCAGCAGGUCCAGCAGCAAGUUCAGCUUCAGGCUCAGCAGCUUCAGAGUGCGCAGGCGCCUUCCACUCAGCAGCUUCAAGCGCAGCUGCAACAGCGAACUCAGCAGCAACUCCAACUCCAGCAACUCCCGUUCACGCACACGACGCCCGACGGGCGCCUAGUCGGUUUAGGUGUCGGCCCCGACCAGCAGUCCGAUCUCCAGCUGCAUCAGUUGCUUCAAGAGGAACUGCUGCUUCAACAGCAACAACAACUGCUCCUGCAGCAGCAUGCAGAGCAGCAUUUGCAGCAUCCGGGCGGCGCCACGACGCUUUCCGCGCUGGAGGCGCUCCAGCCGACGGCAGACGCUCUCGUGUGCGCGAUCGGCGGCCUCGAGAAGGCUGCCGAAGAGUCGCUUAUCUCGCAGCAUGCGCAGGCAGCUGCUGUAGGUGGAUCUUCCGACGACGCGGACAAAAGUGGAGUCGCUGCAGGCGUCGAGCCGCAGCCGGUGGAAGGUGCGGAUCCGUUGCAAGCGGCGCAACCCGAUCUGACUCCGGACGUCCAUUCGAUUAUUCAGGCGGCCGGCGGAGAAGCGGCUCUCGAGCCGUGGGCACCCGCUGCAGUAGGAGCUGCCGGAGCAGACCUGGCGAGCGGCGAAGGGGGAGACGGCGGCGCGGGCCUCGGCCUCGACAUCGGAGCGGGGCAAGACGGCGCAGCUCUGGUCGCCCAGAUGAGCACGCCUGAGGACUUUCUGCAGAAUGCAGAACUUGGAGGAGCGGUUGGCGAGAUUCUGGGCUCGCUGCAAGAAUCCGCAGCUGCAGACCACCCUGGUGUGGCGUUAGGCGCCGCCGCAGAGGACGUGCCGCCUCUCGGGGGCGACGGGGGUGAGACCCGUGGACUGGAAGUCACGAUGGCGAGCGACGUUGCUGCCGCCGGGACUGGAGAGAAGGCAGAAGUCGAGCUCGGGACCACUGCGGUCGAAGGCGCGCUUUGCCAGUGA